UUUAAUGAUAAGAAGCAUUCGCUUUUCAUAUAUAAGAGUGAGGUAUAUGGAAAUUAGCUCAGUCUUGUAGCAAUUUCAUUUACUAUCACAAAAAUGUUGCCAAGUUUAAAAUAUUUCAUAUUUCUUAUAAAUAUAUCUGCGGUUCUUUGCAAUGUUACCUCGCAAGCAGAGUUCAAUGCAACUAAUGAAAUUCUUGCAAUUAAAACGCAGUUAGCCGACUUAAAAGCGGAACAAGAUCGUCUGCGAUUGUUUCAGAGUUAUGUCGGCUUGCAUUAUGUGAGUAGUUGUGCCGAGGCAACAGCUAAUUCGCAAUCAAGUGGAAUCUACGACAUUUAUGUUCCCAACUACAUUCAAAACCCCUUUAAAGUGGCCUGUGAUGCCGAGACUCAGGAUGGAGGUUGGACUACAAUUUUGAAUAGAGUCGAUGGAAGUGUGGACUUUUAUCGCAAUUGGACUUACUACAAAAACGGAUUUGGGAAUCUAGAUGGUGAAUUCUUCUUGGGAUUGGAUAAAAUACACGCAUUAACUGCAGAAUAUAGCCAAGAGUUGCUUGUGAUACUCGAAGACUAUCUGGGAACAGAAGUAUAUGAAAAGUAUGAGAAAUUCGCGAUUGGCGACGAAAGUGAAGACUACGUCUUGCACACUCUGGGCACAGCCAGCGGAACUGCAGGCGAUUCGCUCAGAGAUAACUAUCGUCAGAAGUUUUCAACAUAUGAUCGGGAUAAUGAUGCUUGGUUCGCUGGAAGCUGCGCCACGGGACAACAAGGCGCCUGGUGGUACAACUCGUGUACUUCAGCCAACUUGGCGGGCACAUACAAUGGGACACUUGACCAGGGCAUUUUCUGGACCGAAUUUCGUGCUUAUAUUUCCCUUAAAAAAGCCACAAUGAUGAUACGUCCAAGAAAGUCAUCCUAGAUUGUACUAUUUAUUGACAUUCGGCAUUUGUCUGAUAUAGUAGAAUAGGAAAGGAAUUCAAUACUAGAAAAAAUAAUAAAAAAAAAAAUAUACCAAAAAAU